UUUCUCGAAAAGUACACGGAUUCGUUGAACUUUACAUACCGAUAUUGUGCGGAACACAUUCUGCAAGUUUUAACCUAUCAAUUACAUAUUCCGGGAUUAAAUUGUUUUCAAUUCAUAAAUAGAAGUAUCGUAACUAAACGCGUAGCUAAGCAUGUUACAAGUCCUUGAAACGUAGUUGCGAUGACAGCAGCACGUGUCAUGGCGAAUAGCGUUGUCGUAAACGAAAGUCGCGUACCGUGAAGCGUUUGCAUAAAACCCAACACAGCUUAUCAAUUACAAUAACCAAAAUGAGCGAAGAAACGGUGCUAAGUUUGAAAUGGCACAGCUUCCCAACACAUUUGACAGUUUCCCUCGAUACGUGCUACGAGAAGCAACAGUUUGUAGAUUUAUCUCUGGUGUGUAAGGAUGGGACAAUUUUGAAAUGUCACAAAAUGGUAUUGGCCAACUCGAGCUCAUUUUUCCGGCGAUUACUCGUCGCCAAUGAUCAUCCUCAUCCUAUGAUUAUUCUCCACGACAUCGAGGCAGACGACCUUAAGACAAUCGUCAACUUUAUGUACUGUGGUGAAAUACAAGUGGUCCAAAGUGAGGUUAGGCGAUUGUUGAAACUCGCCGAAAUUUUGGAAGUUACUGGACUGAGACACAUACAAACUUCGGUUCUGAUGGGGGAAACCAACAAUGCUUCUCCCGAAACAUCUAGAAAAACGACCACGGUAUCUCGUUUGAAAAACGAAGAGCCAAAAAGUUUGCCUUCGAAAACUGUAUCUGAUCACGAAUCCAAUAUCAGGCCACAAAAUAAAACAUCCUGUUCGACGUCGAGGUUUAUUUCAUCUACUCAUCUUCAGAAAGGAGCAACCAAGCAUUCGCAGGAGAGUAUUAAGAAAUGUGAUGAAGGUAAUAUUAAUUUAUUAAGUCAACGUCUGGAGGCUGGUAGAUCAGGAAUCAGUAUUGUAGACAUCAAUGAUAUGCCGAGCACCAGUAGGGGAAUUUCUAACCCACCGCCUCAAAAAAGAAAAGAACCUUCUGAUCCUGUUAUUAGUUGGCCCCGCAUUUUAUCAGCUAUAUCAAAGGAUAAGCCAUUGCAUUUGAAAAAGUUAUGUAUUAUGGAUGAAGUAGAAAUUACUGCUGGAAAGGCACCUAUAGUUAUACAAGACAAUUUGCAAAACGAACCUUUGGACAGAAGGAAACAAACCAUUAAUUUGGAAAACAAUGAAAGUAUGAAAUGUGCUGUGUACAUAAAAGACGAAAUAGACAUAACGACUGACAUGGAAGAAGACGAAGAUAUGGAUCCCCUUGAAGUAGAAGAGAUUGAAAACGAGUGUACGGAAAACAUUAGAGGUUCAUCUCAAAGGUAUUCUUAUACAAAUGUUGAUCAAACAUUUAAUACAGGGACGCUUUCAGAAUUUCCACCGAGAAAAGGAUCCAAUGGUUAAUAGAAAUAAAAUAAUGUUUUGAAAGCUAAAACAAUUACUA